CAUCGCUUCCUCCUUUGCGACAUUUGCUUGCAUCUCUCUUUCUUUCCGGCUCGUACCAGAGUCAAGUGAACACACAUUUUGUGUAUCAUUAAGAUUAUUUUUAAGCCCUUGAGCAUAAUUUGCGAUGGGUCGCGUCAUCCGUGCACAGCGUAAAGGUGCCGGGUCUGUCUUCAGAGCCCACACCAAGAAGCGCAAGGGACAGCCUAAAUUGCGCGCCCUCGAUUAUGCCGAACGUCGUGGUUAUCUGAAGGGAGUAGUUAAAGAAAUCAUUCACGAUCCGGGUCGCGGUGCUCCGCUGGCCGUGGUUCACUUCCGUGACCCAUACAAGUUCAAGCUGCGUAAGCAGCUGUUCAUUGCCGCCGAGGGUAUGUACACCGGACAGUUCGUGUACUGUGGAAAGCGCGCCCAGCUGCAGAUCGGAAACGUUCUGCCAAUUGGUCUGAUGCCUGAAGGUACCAUUGUGUGCAAUCUGGAGGAGAAGACCGGAGACCGUGGCAAGUUGGCCCGUACCUCGGGUAAUUAUGCUUCAGUCAUUGCUCACAACCCGGACACCAAGCGCACUCGUGUGAAGUUGCCCUCGGGAGCCAAGAAAGUGCUGCCAUCCGCGAACCGUGCUAUGGUCGGUAUUGUUGCGGGCGGAGGUCGUAUUGACAAGCCUAUUCUGAAGGCUGGACGCGCAUACCACAAGUACAAGGUGAAGCGCAACUGCUGGCCGAAGGUGCGUGGUGUUGCUAUGAACCCUGUUGAGCAUCCCCACGGUGGUGGUAACCAUCAGCAUAUCGGUAAGGCCUCGACCGUUAAGCGAGGAACUCCACCAGGUCGUAAGGUCGGUCUCAUCGCUGCCCGUCGUACCGGUCGUAUUCGUGGUGGAAAGGGUGACGAGAAGUUCAAGGAGAAGGAGAAGAAAUAAGGCGAUAGUGGGAAACGGAUUGUAUCCGGGAUUGCUGCUGUUCGUAUUGAUUCGGAUAUCUUUCUACUGUAAUUAUAACGCGGGAGAAGAAAGAGCGAGAGAGUGGAGGAGUAACAUCCUAUGGAAUGGUUAAAAAUAAAAUAAAAUUCCAGCAAUUA